AAAAAUUGAAAUCAUGUCACGAUGUCAAGUCACAUUGGUUGCUUAGCAACACAAAACAAUUUAAGCAUUUUAUAUAAAUUACUGAAACAAGAAGCUCUUUUAUAAUACAAAAUAAAAUGGUAAAGAAAGGUUCAAAAAAGGCUAAAAAAGGGAAGAAGAAGGAGUCGAUUGAUUUGAAGGAAGAAAUAAGUGAGGUUGACAAGGAAUAUUUCCAAAUAAUCAUCAAUGACCUUCAGAGUCAAGUAGCCAAGCUCUCAGAACGUUGCAAACAACUUGAAACGCACAACACCGAACUGCAAGGUGAUUUCCGACGGCUUGACGAAAAGAGCGCCAGCGUCAUCGCCUUCUUGCGCCGCCAGUUGGACGAGAAAUGCUCAGAAAUCGUCGAGCUCCAGGAGCGACUCACGGGACUGGCACAUGCCCGCAAGUCGGAGGGAGAUGCUUACGAAAAGAGGAUUGCUGACUUGCAACACACGGCAAAAGUCAAUGAAGAGCAGCUCUCAGCGGAAAUAAAAUUGUUGAAUGGGAAACUGAACUCGUUGGAAGAGUUUCGGCUUCAGAAAAAUGAUUUAAACGCGAAAUUUGCCAGGCAAGAAGAGGAAAUGAAGCAAAAGGAUGUGGAACACGAAAAUUCCCUUCAAGAAGUGGAGAGAAAUUUUAUUUUGAGUAAAAAUAGGCUGAAGAAAGAGAUGGAGGAGCAACUGUUGAGCCUGAGUGCCAAGUUCCAGGCGGCCACGGCCACCCGGAUGGCGGCCACCACGCAGCGGGCAGUGCACGAGAACGUGGCUCUGACGGCUGAAGUGGCGCGUCUCAGGGCCGACGCUCUGUUCCAGCGCAGCCUCACUCAGACGCAGGAGACAAAAAUUGCUGAGAUGAAGAGAGAGGUCAGGACGCUGAAGGACCUGCUCGAGCUGCAGACGGCGAGUGCGGCCAAACUCAGGGCGGAAAGGAGCAGCUGGGCUCGAGCGAAAAGAGAUACGAGUGAUUCGAAAACACAGACGGAUGUCAUUGGGUCCGAUUUCGAUUCGGCUCAUGACCCGCUGGGACAGGGAAGCAUUGCUGACUUUUGCGAAAGGCGGCGAAGCAGUAAUCGCGAUGGGCCUGAAGUAAACGAGGAAAUUUCGAGAGCGGCGACCGACGACGAAUAUUUUUUGACACCGACAGACACGGCAUAUUCUCGCGGAAAUCUUGGAUUUGUAGCUAAAUAA